AGUGAUAAAGAUGAAUGUUUCUCGCGUAUGUCAUCAAGUGUUCAAGGAGAUCAGCCAUAUGAUCGAAAAGUAUGGCAUUUACCGACCGUGUUCGCUUUCCUUACAACAAUUGGUUGAUUUUGCGAGAACUGGCGAUCAGAAGGAGUCGUUCCUUUUUAUGAAAAAGGAGCUGCUUGUGCGACUAGCGAACACGAUGAAGGAAAUCGAACUGCUUCCAGAGCCAUUGUUGAACACGCUUUCGUUGAAGAUUGUUAACGGCUGGUUCAUACAGAGCUUUUGCGACUUGCUAAAGUUCGAUAAAAUGGACACAACAGAAGAAAACUUUCUCAUAAUAAGCAAAAAUUUAAUAUUCGGCAAAGGGCUUAUGGAAUUGAAAAACAGCUGCGGCAGCAAUUUUUUGAACUCGAAGAACAUGCAGUACUUUCUUAACCGGUUUUAUCUCAUGCGGAUCAGCAACCGAAUGCUCAUGAACCAACACAUUAUGCGAUUUGCCAAGCUGUCGACCUUCGCCAAGCACGAAGUCGACCGUAUAAAAACGAAUCUGGAUGUUGUACCUUUGAUUGAAGAUGCAUUUGAGGAUGCUCGAUUUUUAUGUGAGCAGAGUUACCUAACAUCACCGAACUUAAAGAUUCACCAAAUUAAUAUACGUCGUUUAGCGAUAUCUCCGGGCGAGAGCAUUUCCAUGGCUUAUGUGCCUUCGCACUUGUAUCAUAUAAUGUUUGAACUGUUCAAGAAUGCUAUGCGAGCUGUGAUUGAGUUCCACGGCUCACACAACAGCGAACACGAUUUACCCCCAAUUCAGGUGCUGAUCGUGAAAAGCCAUGAAGAUUUAUCUCUGAAGGCAAGUCGUUUUUUUGUUCCUUAAUA